UGCUAUGUUAGCUACCGUAUACCCAUUCAUACACCGGCGCUGACUAAGCUUUUAUCUACUAGCGCGAAAGCUUUGAGGAAGAGACACAUUAUCUUAUCUGUUACACAAGGCGAUCACCACAUCAUCAAACAAUUCGUCAUACUACAAGAGAAAUAAAUUUGCACUAAUAACCGGGCUGUACGCAUGUGGGUACUAUCAACGUUUGCAAUACUUUACUAACCCGUCUGUUGCGAGAGCGAAUGUAAGAUUAAGAUUCGAUUGGCAAUUAUUGCGCGAGUUACUCAACAAUGUUAGAUCUUCCUUCCAAUAUCCAUAAUAAAAGUAGCGUAUCAGCAGGGCUGAAGAUUAGAUAAUGUAUGGCCAGUGUCUUUCAUUUCAGCAAGACUAAUAUUUAAAAUCGAACAGUAGUGUUCCACACCGCUUAUCGUCCGGUUAACGUUAUACGUCCCAUCGCAUAAGGGUAAAAUGGUUGCUCAGCUGAAAAUCACGUGUUUGGUGGUUUUUAGCUUGUUCAACCACUAUACCUGCCAAACGACGGUCUGCACUGGCAAUGAAGAGUCCGACCAAGCUUUUCCUCACGAGAAUGACUGCACGCUGUAUUACAUCUGUGCGGAUGGUAACCAGUAUCAGCUGUCCUGUUUCAACGGGCAGCACUUUUCGCCGAUAACACUGCGCUGCGAACCACCCGAGACGGCUUUAUGUGAACCUGACCUUUCGUCGACAGUUUCGACACCGAGUCUUACCGGUCCAACAUUACCAACCUCACCAUCUCCAACGUUUCCGUCUAGUCCAACAUUAACACCCACCGGUACGGAUGUACCGACGACACUGGAAAACACAGAUACUACCGUUACUAUUCCAACGGUUGAAACGGCAUCACCACCAACAGUUCCAACUGCGCCAGAAUCAACAGUAACGGAUCUGACGCAAACAUCAUUCGAUUCCACGACAGUCACUCUAUCGACGGAAACCACUGCAAGCGAUACGACGUUUACUAUCCCAACGGUUGGGACAGCACCACCACCAACGGUACCGACAGCUCCACCUAUAGAUACUACGACUACGGAUGAGUCUACCACGCCGGACUCUGAAGAAACAACCAUGCCGGAUGAAACGGAAGAACCAGACGACAGUGAGGAGCUUACAUCCAACGUAGUGUUUGAUCCCGAAGAUUUUCUAAUUCCUUUGUAGCGAGAAGCGUUUAUUAGUGAACAAGCUCACUGUGUGAAAAACAGUUAAAUACAUCCAUCAUUCUAGGCAGUUGCAUACUAAGAAUUCUUUACAUAUUGAAAUCGUCAAAUCAAGUAGAUA